AUGAGAAUUCACCCAAGUUUACUGGGUGGGGCAACUCAGAAGAAUGCAAGGAGACCGCAGAAAGAGCCAGUACCGUUUCAGAUGUUAUUGCCAUUACAGUUAAAGAAAACAGUAUCAGGCAAAGGAGAUAAACUCAAAGAAGCAGCUUGUAUGCAAGAAAUGGCUCUCAUGUUUGCUUGCUUUAAGAAAUCUGACUUUAACCAGCAGGAAUGCUUAAAAGAAGUUGCGGCGUUCCAAGGAUGUUAUAACGAAUACAACAAAAGAAUGACAACUCAAAGAGAGCAAGGAAAAAAAGGUAUACUUGUGCCAGGAGAGAAAAAAUUGACUCAUAGACAAUUGAAUCAGUUAAUGAGAAGCUUUCCGCCAAAAUAA